AUGCAGUCGAAAAGAACAUAUAAAAAUGCUAUCGAAUGUCUAAAUACUCUACAAAGUAGGGCUUCAAUUUUAAAUGCCCUUGAAAAAACCGGCCCACUGAACUUCUCCGACGGUUUAUCUUUGUCGAUAAAUAAUUUUCACACGAUUGGUUAUGAGCCAAAGGAUUAUGAUAAAUUAAAUGUUAUCCAUGUUGCUGGAACCAAGGGAAAAGGUUCUACAUGUGCUUUUGUUGAAUCGAUAAUCAGAAACUAUCCUCUGAAGAAUAAGCGAAUUCGUACUGGUUUAUACACUUCACCCCAUCUUGUUUCUGUCCGUGAACGUAUUCGCAUGGAUGGAAAACAAAUAAGCGAGGAAAAGUUUACUAAAUACUUCUUUGAUUGUUGGGAUAAAUUUUACAAUACUACUACUACUGUUAACGAUCAUAUGGACGACAAUUUUCCAAAUUAUUAUAGACUUGUCACGCUAGUCGCCUUUCAUGCAUUCGUAGAAGAACAGGUGGAUGUGGUUAUCUUGGAAGUUGGAAUAGGAGGUGAAUACGAUACUACAAAUGUCGUAAAAUCACCAAUUGUUUGUGGUAUCACGUCUUUAGGAUAUGACCACCAAUUGUUAUUAGGAGAGACGAUCAACGAAAUUGCUUGGCAUAAAGCUGGAAUAUUCAAAAAAAAAGUACCUGCAUUGACCGUUGAACAACCAAAAAAAGCGUAUGAAGUAUUAAAGCAGCGUGCAGCUGAAAAAGAGGUGAUUUAUUCAAUAGACUCGAAGAAUUCUUUUCAUAUUCGCCUAAAUGGAAGACACCAAAAAAUUAACGCAGCACUUGCGAUCGAAUUAUGUCGCGUCUGGUUUCAAACGUGUCAUAGUAACCUUAAUAUUGGAGGAUUGUCAUCAGAUAAAGUGCCACAAGAAUUUCUUAUCGGAUUAGAAAAAACCCGAUUGUCCGGUCGUGGGCAAAUUAUAAAAAUACCGACAAUGGAUCAAUUGACUUUCUAUUGCGAUGGUGCGCAUACUGUUGAAAGUAUUCAAUGUUGCAUGGAUUGGUUUCGAGAAACGGCUUUUCAGGAUUAUAGCUCAAAAAUACCUAUGUACUUUAAAAAUUACUAUGUCCCUCAAAGUAGAGAUAACGCAAAUCAAGAAAAUUCAGCAGCGCCAACAAAUGUUAAACGAAUACUGCUCUUUAAUUGCACGGGUAAACGAAGUGGUCUGGAUUUGUUAAAAGUGAUUACUGCUUCACCAUAUAUCCAAUUCGAUUAUGCUGUUUUUUGUGCAAAUGUGGUUUAUUCGGAUAAUCAUUCUGAACCAGAUUCAAAAGGACCCGCACUUUCUACUAUCUCACUGACAAAUCAAGAAUCAUUUAAGAAUGACUGGCUAAGCCUAAUUGCGCAACAGGAAACAAACAAUAAUAUUCUGGAACAGCGAGCUCAUCUAUUCCCCUCGAUUGAACACGCUAUCAACUGGAUAAAGGAAUAUGUUGUCCGUGGCACGGAAAAUAAUACUCACGUGCAAGUGCUAGUGAGUGGAAGCUUGCAUCUUGUAGGUGGUGUCCUAGAAGUUUUGGGUGUUGAUGUGGAAUAA